CUAGAAACCCUAGGACGGGUUUACAGCCUGGUCCCCCGCCGAUCACUGCUACUACUUGGAAGUUCGUAGUGUCGGAAGUCCAGGAAGGAAGGCACUUGUUAGUAAAGCUGGUGAAUACUGAAUAUAAAGCUGGAGAAUACUGAAUAAGUACCCUAGAAAAGCUAUAACACAUCAGCCACUACCGGCGGCGAACCAUGGCCAUGACGGCUUCCAUUUCCGUACCUCCUCGUACCUCGUCGGUUCGCCUUUCGUUCUUGCCCGCCAAGGCUUUUCAUGCUUCCUUUCGACUGAACUAUUUCAAUUCACCAACUAUCAUUCGGAACCCCAUUCUUCGUAUUUCGGCCUCUUCCAUAAGCAUCGAAGCUGCUCCCGAAAAUUUCUCUAAACAGUCUUUUUUGGAUCGCAGGGAAAGUGGGUUUCUCCAUUUUGUCAAAUACCAUGGCCUUGGGAACGAUUUCAUCUUGGUUGAUAAUCGAGAUACUUUGGAGCCUAAGGUUACUCCUGAGCAAGCUGUGAAGCUCUGCGAUCGUAACUUUGGCAUUGGUGCCGACGGAGUCAUAUUCGCAAUGCCUGGAAUUGACGGGACUGACUACUCCAUGAGGAUUUUCAAUUCCGAUGGUAGCGAGCCUGAGAUGUGUGGUAAUGGAGUGCGAUGCUUUGCCAGAUUCAUUGCUGAACUAGAUAAUAUAAAAGGAAAACACAGUUUUACUGUACACACUGGUGCUGGUCUAAUUGUUCCUGAAAUUCAAGAUGGUGGUAAGGUUAGAGUUGAUAUGGGUCAGCCAAUACUUAAUCCAUCUGAUGUGCCUACUAAAUUACCAGCAAACAAGGAUCAAGCAGUUAUCGGAUCAGAACUAGAAGCCAAUGGAUUAACCUGGAACGUGACUUGUGUUAGCAUGGGAAACCCACAUUGUGUAACUUUUGGAACAAAAGAAAGCCAGGUAUUUCUUCUAGAGUACCAAGAUGAUAUUGUGCUUAUUGUUGAAUUAAGCCGAUUUUUUUUUAUGUUGUUUUCUUUGAAAGUGCAUCUUUUACAUUAUUUUCUUUUCUCUUCCUGUCUAGAAAUAGUAGUCUGAUUAUAUGGAAGCUGU